GUUGUGCGAGAUUUAGACGUGAAUACCGAGGAAGAUGUGUUUGUUUUCCUCCAUAUUCAGAAAACCGGUGGGACGACAUUUGGUAAACAUUUGGUUGACGAUUUGAUGUGGACCCGCCAUGCUUCUGUUACAAGCGAAAAAAGAAGCAUUGCGACUGUUUCACGAAGAACAGAAAGAUCUGGCUAUUUAGUCGAUACUCAACGGGGUGGUCAUGUGGCCUCCAUCCCGACUGGACAGAGCUGACCGCUUGUGUUGAUGCAAUGAUGAAUAAGAAGGAAAAAAUGAAACGCAGGAGAAGGUACCUGUACGUGACAAUCCUUCGAAACCCGGUAAAGAGAUUCCUGAGUGAAUGGCUGCACGUUCGGCGUGGCGCAACAUGGAAGACAGCCAAGUUGGCCUGCAACAACAGAUCUGCCACAUUGGAAGAGGUCCCAUUCUGUUACGACACAGUUGACUGGAAAAACGUGUCAAUAGAAGAGUUCAUGAACUGUCCACAUAACCUGGCCAUAAAUCGCCAGUCUCGAAUGCUGGCAAAUCUAACUCUUGUCAACUGUUAUAACACAACCGGAAUGUCAACAGACCAACGCAAUGCCAAAAUUUUAGAAAGUGCAAAAGAAAAUCUGCGCAAACUGUCUUUUUUCGGCUUGACCGAGGUCCAGAAUUUGACUCAGAAGUUGUUCGAAAAUACCUUUGGAUUAGAGUUUGCUGAGGAUUUCGUCCAAUGGACAUCCACGAGGAGCAGCCAAAGUGGUCUUCCUAAGUCAGUUAUUGAUCGAAUUAUUGAAUUAAAUAAAAAUGAUAUACUCUUGUACCAGUAUGCAAAGGAUUUGUUUUAUCAACGUGUUACAGAAAUGAUGAAGGACCUCGAUUCAAACUCUUCGGAAGAGGAUUUGAAGAAUCUGAAAAAAGAAGAUUCUUUCGUGUUUUGAUACAGAUGAAGGAAAAGGGUUUGUUUAUCAAAGAGUUGAUGAAGUGUCGCUGCAUCCUCAUCGAGACUGGCAACUUCACUGACUGUUGUAUUAUUGUAACUUAAUUUAAACAUAUGUUGUAGCUGUAGAGUCUCAUUAGAUCU